GUCACCUUUUAUGUAUAAGAUUUAUAAGAGAAUGGCCUUUGUUCUAAUUUCCUCAUUCCGCUCACAUCUCUUUCAGGCGCACUUCGGUUCUCUCUGUUUGCAGCAUCUAUCAUAGGUAUGGCGACAGCCAUUGCAGCCCCUGCCACCGCCUCACUGCAAGACCCAACCAAGUCUCACCCUGACGUCAAGCUCUUCAAUCGCUGGAGCUUCGAGGAAGUUCAAGUUUCUGAUAUCUCUUUGAGUGACUACAUUGGUGUUCAACCUUCCAAGCAUGCAACCUAUGUGCCACACACUGCUGGGAGGUACUCAGUUAAGCGUUUUAGAAAGGCUCAGUGCCCCAUUGUUGAGAGGCUUACAAACUCAUUGAUGAUGCAUGGCCGAAACAAUGGAAAGAAACUUAUGGCAGUCAGGAUUGUGAAGCAUGCUAUGGAAAUUAUUUAUCUCCUGACUGAUCAGAACCCAAUUCAAGUCAUUGUUGAUGCCAUUAUCAACAGUGGACCUCGUGAAGAUGCUACUCGUAUUGGUUCUGCUGGUGUUGUGAGGCGUCAAGCUGUUGAUAUUUCUCCUCUUCGUCGAGUGAAUCAGGCCAUCUAUCUCCUCACCACUGGUGCUCGUGAGUCUGCAUUCAGAAACAUUAAAACUAUCGCUGAAUGUUUAGCUGAUGAGCUUAUUAACGCAGCAAAGGGAUCAUCUAACAGCUAUGCCAUCAAGAAGAAGGACGAAAUCGAGAGAGUUGCCAAGGCCAAUCGUUGAGGAAUUGGUAGGAGUUCGCAUAAACCAUGGCGGUGGACACUUGUUUUUUCAUUCAGUACUUUAUAAGUUACCUAUUUUAUGUUCCAGACAUAAUAUGAAUGUUCCGUUAUUUAAGUUGAGAUGUUAUUGAAGAAA